CAUGAUCGAAAACCAGGAUCAUCAACGAUGUUAACCGCCAAGUGCCAAGCGCUCUCCUGGCAACGUACUCCGUAAACUGUCACUGUAAUAACUGUAUCUCACCCACCUCAACUCGCCAUGGCCUCAGCGCUUGAUAGAUUUUUUACCUGUGAUUCUGCGGGCUGCACGCUACCAAGUAUUCGGGGAUUUGGUCCCUGUGAACAAUGCAAUCGUCAAUUCUGCCUAACCCAUCGUCGCCCGCCGUCUCAUACAUGUGACGACACGGUACCAUCUCACGACUUUUAUAUGCCGUCUCCUUGACUUGUUCUGACAACUACACAAGCCCCUUUCAGAUGAUCUAUUUGAAGCCAAAAUACACGCUGAAGUAGAAAAUAUUCGCGCACAAAUCAAUGACAACGCUCUCUGCGAACGGGCCUCGGAACUAAAUGGCGGUAUCAAAUGCGAAAUUGAGCACCCGCCCGCAUGGGGACGCGGAUCCCUCAUGGGCUGCGCCAACUAUCACGCUCGCAUUCGCUUUACCGAUAGUAAUAACGGCUGCUCUGCUUGGCUCAUACGCGUGCCUCGAAUGAAUGGCAGUAUUCCCCAACCACUCAUCGACUACCUCAUUCGCAGCGAAUACGCCACGCUCAAAUUUCUCGAAACGACAACCAAAGUGCCUGCACCCCGGGCAUUUGAUUACGGCAUCGCUGGCGAAAACAAGAACAAAAUUGGGGUGAGCUAUAUCCUCAUGGAAGAAAUGCCCGGCAAGCCCUGGAACAUGCAAGGGCCGCGCGGGAAGCGCUCUGCAGACGACAAAGACAAGGAAAGAGUGUGGAAAGGUUUAGCAGAUAUUCUGAUCGAGCUUCAAAACCAUCCAUUUCCGCGGGUCGGAUCUCUCCUCCCGGGCCCUUCGCCGUCAGAGCCAAUAGUUGUCUCUGCGCUCGCCAGUGAGCGAUUUCUCGUUCUGAGCCCUUCGGGGCCAUUUGAUACAGCCAGCGAUUAUUAUGCUUCAUUUGUGGAGCAAAACAUGGCCCUCAUUGCGGAUGGCCAGCUCUUCACAUCUUUCCCUGCAAAUGCCUAUCUGGUAUUCUUGUACUUGAAAUCCCAGAUCCACACUCUCACUCUUGCAGCAGAUCCGGACUGUAACUCGGUGGAAACUCUAGAAAAAUUCUACAUCAAGCAUGUGGAUGACAAGGGGGACCACUUGAUGGUGGACGACGAGCUGAAUAUCACCGGGAUCAUCGAUUGGCAAAUGGCUCGUGUCGUUCCUGCACGCGAAGCAUUCGGUCCGUCUUUGGUGACUGCAGAAAUGGGCGAUAUUUACAACGGCAUGUCGUCGUUGACUGUUCAUGAUCUUGCAUUAGCUCGCUUCUUGAAAGCCAAGGGCGCAGCUGGUUUGGCUCGGGUGAUGAGCAAAGAUGAACGAUUGCGAAGAUUCUUCUUUGGUCUUGACGUGGAUCUCCCUUGGGAUGAAACACUGCGUUUAGUCCGAGGCAUCUGGGCUGCGUUUGGCGUCGAAAGGGAUACAGACUGGACCACUUGGAAGACGGACAUGAUGGAGCGACAUGGUCAUGAUGAACACCUUCAGCACAUUUUAGAUAGAUUUGGGCCAGGCCCAUGACAAGUUUCCGUCAUCCGCUUUUGUUCUUCAAGAAUGGAUGUUGGUGUUGCGUGGCCGUUCAUGUUCAAUGAACACCCGGCCUCUUCAGCUGACCGCCCCCAGGGAC